UACUUCUGCAGUUAUUGCAGUAAUUGCAAUGAUGCCCCCAAGAUAUCAUAUCCUGGCGUGCUUGCUACUAACAGCUUCAUAGAAAACCUUGUCACCGAAUCAAUAAUACGUCCGGGUUCAAUCAUGUCUCAUGGCUCGCCAUCAUCCCACUCCGAGUUCAAGGGGGUGGAACUACCACAUCAUCUUGCGAGCUUGGUUUAUCCUUCAUCACGAAUGCCUUCUUUAUCUUGACUUACCUUGAUGGGUUUAUUGGCUGCUAGAGAUUAUGGGCGUCUCAAUGUAAAGUUUUGGUUUUCUCGUCUUCGGCCUCGUUGUCUUCGGUCUUGUUAUCUUGGGCAUCAUUAUCCCGGGCUACAAGUUGCACAAGCAGCAGCUACCGCUACACCUACGCUCUUGCGAGGACCGUUGGUGUCAACACGUCAAAAAAGAGAGGCAAACAGGGCGUAUACUGGGGGCAUACUGGCUGUCAAGGUGCAAAUUAAUAGCCAACUCAAUUCGAGAGCCGGCAUUAAAGCGUCUGCCUAACAUGUAACGGCAAUCUCAAUGAUCGCAUACCAACACCAAAGCGACCUGGGUCAGGUUUACACAGUCCCCAAAAAUGCUCCCAUUCAUCUCUCAAAGGAGUAAAGCUUUUUAAAAGCAAUGCAUCUACGCUUAAUGACGAUGAUGUCGAUGAUAGGCUGAAUGUUCUCCGGC